GACGACAUCAAGCACUUAACACAUUCCUCAUUAUUAUUACUGCUUGCUCCCCCAACUUUCUGUUUAUAAUACUCCUGUGAAAAAUAAUAAUAUUUUCUUUUGUAUCACAAUCGUUUGUCAAAAAGAAGUAAAAAAAAAAUAAAAGAAAAAAUAUAUUUUCUUCCAUCAUUUAAAGAAAAAUAAAAUUUAUACUAAUUUAUUAAAAAACUGCAAUGUGUCUUGCUUGAAGGUCGUUUUUCUUUUAGUUUUCUUCUGUAUUUUUUAUUUGAUAUUUUAAUUAAAAUUUUUAGUUAAAAUUUGCAUUGUUAUUUGUUUAAAGAAAACAUGACUAAUGAGUCCACUGAAAGUCCAAGUAAUAAAAAUGAAAAAAGAAAUUGGUUCCAUUCAUUGUCCCGUCGCAGAAAAUCAUCAACGUCCACAACAACAUCAACAUCACAAAAACAACAAAGUCAAAAUGAUGACAAUGCUGCUGGUGCCUCUGUUUCCACACCAGAAGCAUCAGCAGCAACUUCGACAUUAACAUCAAGCCAAGAAUCUUCCGUGGAAGAUAGUAUCAAUAAUUCAACGAGUUCUGGGAAGGAUCGUAACAAACGCAAAGAUGAACGUAAGAAUGUUUUUCAGAGAUUCAAGAAACGCAUGGGAAUACACUUUUCGAUGCGCCAAAAAAAGUCACAACCCGCUGACACAUCGACGAUAUGUUCUAAUUCGAAUGUGCACGAUGUUGUGGAGGGAAUUGUUUGUUAUCCCAACGAUUUGUUACCCAUUUCAGCGUAUAAUUUAGAUCCACCCGAAAUGAUUCCAUUCACACAUCAUUAUCGGAAGUUUGUGACGAAAAAGUGGCUGGACAAUGGAUCGAGGCCGAAUCGGGUCAUGUAUACGGCUUGUUCGGAAAUGCUUGGGCAAGUGUGGUACUGGGGAGAAAUAUCACGUCGUGAUGCUCAACGUCAACUAAAAGACAAGCCAAUUGGAACGUUUCUAGUUCGUGACUCUGAAACAGAAGGACCAGCCACAUACUGGUACACAUUAAGUUUCAGAAUUCUCAAUUGUACACUGCACUACAGACUUGAAUAUCGUGCCAACUAUUGGCAUUUUGAGGAAUUGCAAUAUGAAUCCAUAGUCGAGAUGAUCGAAGACAUUUUACAUCGUUGCACAAAAGAUCACUUUGUGUGUUAUGUUCGUGUCUCCAAUGAAUUACAACCUCCACAUGCGGUUGUAUUAAAAUAUCCUUUAAGCAGAUACAUUAGCAUAAUGAAAUUACAAGAUUUAUGUCGCAGUGUAAUACAACGACAUGUACCGAUUGAUGAUAUACAAGAAUUACAAAUUCCUGUAAAACUUCAAGAGUAUUUACGUGAGAAAAGAGAAUUGGUUUUUCAGAGUUCAUAAAGCGAGUAUUUUAAUUUUAAUUUAUUUCAAAAAUUGCUUAGACUCAAAUAUAUAGGCAAUUAAAUUGUUGUUGUUAUCCUAAAAAAAAAUGAUUAUUUUAACGAUUUUACAUUAUGUACUAUUUUAUUUAUAUUGAAA